UUUUAAUAGUGUGACUGAUGUCGGGAAUGUGCUUUACGUGAAAAAGAUUUAUAUGGAAAGAAGGAAAGCCAUAACAAGCUACUAAGAUUUGGGACGGRUGUGACGGGCUGGCUGUGUUUGUUCAAACCGUACGGGACCUGGAACGAGUUGAUAGAGAGUUAAUGGCGGCGCUUUCAAGCGAAUGUGGUCGUUCAACUACCAAAACUGUUCRURUAACUUAUCAAGAACUUGUUGAACUAGCCGAAGCUUUAGAGAAAGACAAGARAGAAAGGACUUACAAAGCGAAAAGCGAAGAAGUCGAAGGGGCUUGUUCAACAKACGUUUCUCCUUGUGAAAAUGUUAGUCCCAGCAAGGAGACGAACAGUCCUAUCUCCAAGUCUGARAAAAAAACUCUAGAGGACCGAAAGAGCAGUUCAAGAAAGGAUUCUGACAAAAAGAAACAUAAGGAAAGAAAGCGUGAUAAAAAAGAUGAGAAAUCACUAAAGAACAARGCCGAAAAUGAGGCAUUUGAAGUUCAAAACAAAGAAUUUGUAGAGGCAAAUUUCACAGCUGAGCUUGGUGAUGACGAAGACAACGCUAAACAAACUGCCAAAGAUAAAAAGAAACUUCGAAAAAGAAGUCCAAAGUCUAAAGAAAAAAGUAYUGAAGAAACUGCUAAUAUAGAGGAGUCGGUGGAGAAGCUGAAAUUACACGAUAAUGAUCAAGAAUCGAAAUCCAAGCACAAAGAAAGGACAAAAAAGCAUUCAGAUUCUAAAAAGAAAGAACGAAAAAAGUAUAAGCAAAAUAACGAUGAGUGCCCUGACGAGGAAAGUAAGGUUAUAAAUCACAAACAAGACUUCAUUAACAAUGAAGAUGAACAAUUAAAUAAUGAUCAUCAUCAUGGAAUCCUGAAGUCUCCUAACUCCAAAUCUAAUCACUACCAUUCCCAUGUUAGCUUUAGUGAAGAAACAGAUUCUCAUAUUAUUGAUUAUAAUACUGGUGAGGAACGAGGCAUACUGCGUAUCCCACAAGGUGUUAAUAUCCACGAUGGUGAAGUAAUWGAAUCCCAGCAGUACACAGACAAAGAUAUAGAGGCUGAAUACAGCAGAAAUGAUGAUGUUUCUAAUAGCAUUAGCAAUCAAACCCCCGUACAAAGCUCACAUUCACAGUCAGAUGUCUCUAAAAGUAAGUCUUGUGAGCAAGAAGACCUUAAACUCAAUUCCGCUGAGAAAAGAYUAAGAUCACUUAACAGACAAAGAGCGCAACAGCUAGUAAAACAAGCACACCAUGCUGAGAAUACCCUUAGUAACCUACUCUCAAAAGGAGUCACUGAACAGGGAACACUAAAGAAAGUGUUCUUGUUAAGCAAAGAAAUMCAAGAUUUAUAUCAAGGAGUGAUUAUGCUGGAUCUCAGUUUUACUCAACAGCACGACAUAGAUCAGCGUUUAUGGAAAAACGCUUUUUAUCAAGUCAUUGAGACAUUUAGGAAGUAUGGAAAGCUAUUUUUAGGGUAUUCUAGUCAAAAAGAUACCAUUUCUCCAGAGAAAAUUAAUGCUGAGCUUGGUGACUUUCUCCAAGCUGCUGGUAAUUUUUAUUCUGGUCUUUUAAAUGGGCUCCAAAAGACAUAUCAUUUUGAUGUYCAGGUUAUUGUUAGCCAGCCAAGGAAAGCAGAAUUCUUAGCAAGAAGUGCCAAGCUUGCACUACUAAGUUGUCAUCAUACCCUAAUCUUUCUGGGUGAUAUUGAGAGGUACAAGAAUCAACUUAAGCCUUACAGUACUUCAAACUGGAGUGGCAUUAGAAGCUGGUAUCUCAAGGCAUCCAAGCUAGCACCAAAGAAUGGCAAACCAUAUAACCAAUURGCUGUAAUAGCAGUGUAUGCUAAUCGCAAGUUAGAUGCUGUCUUUUACUAUGUGAGGAGUCUGUGUGUGAACUCUCCUAUUCUCACAGCUAAAGAAAAACUAACUACAAUUUUCUAUGAAAUCCAGAAAAAGGCAGAUCAACUACACUGGGAAGAAGUUCAAGAGAGGAAACGUCAACAUGAAAUGAAGGUACAACGAGAACGGAGUGCAGGUCGUGGUCGCAAUGUWUUUCGUGAAGUAGCUAAAGGAGUUGGACUUGUUGGUGGGACAAACAGUGGAAGGCAUGAAAUUUGGKUGUUUAUAAGACAAGGGAAAUACAGAAGACUUGUGCUUACUGAACAUGGUGCUGUUCARCAAGUUGAUGCUAUGGGUAAGCCUAUCAGUAGAGAUGUACAGGAGGAACCUGAACCAAAGAAAGAAACAAAACAAGAAUCUCCAAAAAUCUCUCUACAGGAGGUAAACAAGAAGUUUAUGCUGCAUUUUCUCUGUGCUCAUGGCCUACUUUAUACAAGGAUAGGGAUGGAAAGACUUCCAGGUCUGCAAGUUCAAUUAAUUGGUGAACUUCAUACUUUACUGAGGUAUCCUCAGUGUUCUUCAGUUGGAUACUAUCCACUGCUACAGAUGGCUGCUAUCAACAUGUUUGCUAUUGACCAUACAGCACCACAAGAAGAAACCAAGGAACCAUUUGUAAGACUGGGUACCCCACAAGACCAAGCACUUAACCUAUCAAUGGAAGUACUGGUUACACUWCUAAAUGCUUGCACUGAAUUACUCAAUGGUGGUGACCAUGGUAACAUGUUAAGUGACACCUUACGUCAGUAUGUACCAACUAUCAAGGUGUGGUUUGAUUGGUUGAUAUGYCAUCAAGAUCUUUGGCAAAUAUCAAAUAUCAGUAUCCACAGAACACUUUGGGAAGCUGUCUCUCAGUUCACUAAUGCAAUUUUACAGCUACAACUACCAUGUUUUGAGGAAGACGAAAAUGAGGAAGUUCUUGUUACUCUGACUGAGGAUGAAUUUCUAGCUGGAUUUAAACCUCUUAUCAAUGCUGAACAUUCAGUUCUURAUAUAAAGAUUUCACAAAACAAGGAGCUUGUGCAAGACCACCUUCAUAUUGCAGCAUUCAAGAAAUUUGCAAUGCAGAUGUCAUCUAUGUCUAAUCCCACAAUGCAGUACUGUGAGGAGACAAGACAAUUUUCUGCUGUGAUACCCAGUCUCCCUACAUCACCAGAACAAACUGACUCAUCUGUAGCUGUGCAUAUGGAUGUUGAACAUCAAAAUAAUCAGGAGUGCUAUGAGUCUGAUGAGGUGAUAAUUGAAGGUGUAUUGGAAGACAUUGAUUCAGGGGAUGAAGCUGACAAAGGUUUCAAGGAGCUCAAGGCUAAGAAAGAUCAAUUAGCAAGAGAGCUGGAAGACCAUGAAGAGAAGCACAGUAAAGCAAGGGCUGUGGUYCAUGAGAAUAUWUCAAGAGCACAUCUGAUGUUUGAAAACUACCCCAACUAUCUGGUCCCUGAUACCAACUGCUUCAUAGAUCAACUAAGUGGUUUGCAGGCUAUUGUGAUGAGUAAUGACUUUACCUUGAUAGUACCGAUUGUUGUAAUCAAUGAGUUAGACGGACUGAAGAAAGAUUUCCUGGUAGACAAAUACCAUGACUAUAACCAUGCACAGAUGGUUAUGAACAAUGCCAGAGCUGCUAUAGAUUUCCUUGAGGAUCAAUUCAGUCGUCGAUCUCCUUAUGUAAAAGCUUUGACCAGUAAAGGAACAGUGAUGGACACCAUUGCAUUUCGAAGUGAAGAUACAUCAUCCAGGAAGGGCAAUAACGAUGAUGUAAUUUUGUCAUGCUGUUUGCAUUAUUGUGAAGAGAACUUUGUGAACAGACUUGCAACUGCUGAUCAGCCGAUCACUAUCCGACGUAACGUUGUCCUGUUGACUGAUGAUCGUAAUCUACGGGUUAAGGCCUACACAAGGAAUGUUCCUGUUUUGACCGUWCCACAGUUCCGCCAAAUGGCUCGUCUGUAAACAAAAACGACGUCACUCAAAUAUCUAUAUUGGCCGUCCCGUCAUUCCACAGGAUYCACAUCGUUCGAAAAGAAUUAAACUGAAGGUGAUUGCCAAARCCAGCAUWUUCACUGGAAUGAGGUUGAAGUUGUUAUUUAUGUUGCUGUUGUCAAUGAUCGUUACCGCAGUAAAAACUACUCAGCGGAUUGUUAUAAAAGACAUGCUACACUAGCCACAAGUUGAUCGGCAGAUGGAAAGACAUGCUACACUAGCCACAAGUUGAUCGCCAGAUGGAAUCCGGCUCUCUCGCAGCGGCCAGGAACGCCCGGCUACGCAGGCUGUGGAAGGCAUGCGAUCUAGAGUCAGAGGAUUCAACUGAUAAGCAUGUUCAUUAUUAAUCAAUAUUUGAUCUAUAGAGUGAAACCCAUGGUUUGAUUACAUAAUGGAGUAAGUGGGCUUAGGUGAUGGACAUACUCAAUAAAAAGUGCAGAUGGUUUGAUACACUGCAUUUGGCGUUCCGUCGUAUGAAAUAGGCAUGCGUGUUAUACAGUAGACGAUGAUAUCAUAACCUCCCUAACCGGGUCAACGGAUUGUCGCAAGAUCAAAGUCAUGCCAUUCAAAAACAGGCACAGAUAUUGACACUCGCUCGACAAAGUUUGAUGUUCGCCAAAUGGGGGAAGGCCAAGGGGGGGGGCAUUGUUUUUUCAGAUAAGUGCACUACGCGUUUGUAACCUGCCUUCCACUUGGCUACUUAUUUAUUGAGUGCUUGGUCAAAGCCAGAUACGAUUUCUAUAUCUACAUAUAAAAUAAACUUCACUUUUUGCGGGUUAUAUUCCCGUUGUAAGAAAUACGUGGUCAAUUGAUCACUGCAAAUACGCGACUCUUCAAAAUGACAUUUUGCUCAUCGCCAAAGAUGACCUACGUACAGAAACUCGAUGUUUAUUGGCGUAUAACUAGUUAGUCGAAAAUGAAACGGUUACGUGUAAAACUUUGUCAAUACACCUUUUUCAGUUGCUCUUAGGCCUCGACAGCGUGUUAAAUAUUCUUUUGAAUUUGUAGGAAUGUGAGCAAUGCAAACAUUGAUCUGAAUAGUCUUAAUUAGCAAAUUCCAAAGAAUUAUCGCGGCAAGGUGCAAUUGAAAAGGUGUAUUGUUUCUUAGUUUCAUACAAAGAAAAUUACUCAUAAUUCUAUCUACACGCACGGAUAGAAAUUACAUAUUGAAUAAUUUUACAAAAUUUGAUCGCCAGCCUUCCGUUUAUACAAUCAUUUGGCCAUGAUGAUUGUUUUUUUAAUAACUUAAUACUUUUAAAUGUAACUGCAUUCAGUCGUUUCGUAUAACGUCUUUAGUGUWCAUCAAUCAUAAUACAAGUGGUGUGAU